ACAAAUUGCCGCGGGUUCAGUACCGCCACUGGAACCGGGAGAUGCGGCGGCGCCGGGGCUGUCGCGGUGUUUGCUUUGAGUUGACUCGCGUACCUUCAGGCGGCUCCCUGUGCAGUUCGGAUCAUGCUGUUACCCUCGGAUGUAGCCAGGCUGGUAUUGGGUUACUUACAACAAGAAAACCUCACGUCUACUUGCCAGACCUUUAUUUUGGAAAGCUCAAAUUUAAAAGAAUAUGCAGAGCACUGUACUGAUGAAGGUUUCAUCCCAGCCUGCUUACUGUCCUUAUUUGGAAAAAACUUGACAACAAUUUUGAAUGAAUAUGUAGCCAUGAAAGCAAAAGAAACAUCAAAUGAGGUCCCAACAAUAAUGUCAUCUCUGUGGAAGAAGCUAGACCACACACUUUCUCAAAUCAGGAACAUGCAAAGUUCUCCAGGGUUUGCUGCCCAUCAGAGAGCACGAACAAGAAACGGAAUUGCAGAAAUCAAGCGACAGAGAUGGCUUGCAUCUCAGACAGCUUCCGGCAAUUCAGAGUUAAUGGCUUUACCUUAUGGUUCAGGACAAUUUACCACUUCUCCUUUGGUAGCCACACAAACUGUUAAACCAACUGGCCAAAUUUCAGCUCCAGUGAGGUCAAAUAUUGUAGUAGUCAACCAGUCACAGUCACAAAAUGCUGUAACUACUGCAGAGUCUUUAAGUGUCAUUCCUGGUCCUCCAGAGAAGAAAUCGCAGACUAGUUUAAUGUCUCCUGGUAGACGUAAAAGUGAAUCACAAAGGAAGAGUUUUACGUCAUCUGGACCUCAUUCUUCAAUAAGGAAUUUACAGGAUCCAAAUGCAUUUGCAGUAGAGAAACAAAUGGUUAUUGAGAAUGCAAGAGAGAAAAUAUUAAACAACAAAUCUCUUCAAGAAAAACUAGCAGAAAACAUAAAUAAGUUUUUGACUAGUGAUAAUAGUAUUGCUCAAGUACCUAAGCAAACAGACAGCAACCCAACAGAGCCAGAAACUUCAAUUGAUGAACUCCUAGGACUUCCGAGUGAAAUCCAUAUGUCUGAAGAAGCAAUACAAGAUAUAUUGGAACAGACAGAAUCAGACCCAGCAUUUCAGGCUCUCUUUGAUCUUUUUGACUAUGGUAAAACAAAGAACAAUAAAAAUGUAUCACAAAGUGUUUGUAGUCAACAUAUGGAAACUAAUCCUAAUAUAGUCUUAGCUGAAGAAACCAAUCUAGCAAUUAAAAGUUCUUUUGAAACAGAAGAAUCUGAUGGGCAAUCUGGUCAGCCUCCAUUUUGUACAACCUAUCAAAAUGAAGAUGUAUUAUUAAGUGAUUUGAAGAAUGACAACAACCACGAUGUUCUUCGACAGGAAUCCCAGGAAAAUUUCUCCCAAAUAAGCUCUAGCAUGCAAAAAAAGGCCUUUAAAACAACUGUACCUGCUGAACAGAAGUGUGCCCUUGACAUUACCUUUGAGUCUGUGUCGAAUUUGAGUGACUUUAACCAAAGAGGAAGCUCUACUGAAAGUAAUGAACAUUGUUCUGAGUUAUAUACCAGUCAGAUGCCCACUGAAGAUGAAGUGGCUAUGGAGGUUGAAAAGAAUUCUUUGUCUCCAAGUCUGCUGAAUGAACCUCAGUUACAGCCUGAUCAGCCUGAUAUGCCAGUAACUUCAUUUGUGUCUCUUGGUGGUGAAACAAAUGAUGAAAACUUAAUUCUCUCUAGGAAAAAUUCCCAGCUUUUAUCCCAGAGUACUCCAUUAACUGGAAAGCCAUCUAAAAGUCAAUUUUGUGAAAAUUCUAACAAUGUAAUAAAAGUUAAAACUAAUUCCCUUGGUUCUGAGUCCCCAGAUUCUAGUCAAAUUCAAAACAGUAAAAUUGAAACUAAUAGUGAAUCAUCAGUUGCAGCACAGCCACUACCGGAUUGCCAAGAUAAUUCUCCAUUACAAAGUAAAAUAUCACCUGUGACUGUUGAAAGUUUAGGUUUAAAUGUAUCUGAACAAAUAGAAAUUCAUCUUGAAGAAUCAGUCCCUUCAGAUAAACAGCUCUCCAAUGGUUCAGCAUCUGUUGACUUAAAUCAUGGGGAAAACGAGACUGAGACACGUAAGUCUGAGAACUCUCAAGAGCCUUCCUCUUCUGUGAAAGAUGGAGAUACUAUUUUUCUCUCUUUGGGUGAACAUAACAGCUCUGAAGAACUUGCACUGGUUCCCCAAGAGGGUAACCCUAUGAAAAAUAAUCAUUCGCUGCCUUCAGAAUCUGGUGGUUCAGUGGGAGGUUCUCUUGAGACCCAAAAUAUUGAUGGUAAACCUAGCAAAGACUCAGUGGAUGUAGAUGCAUCAAGUAUUGUCUCUCUCAAAAUUAUCAUUAGUGAUGAUCCAUUUGUUUCCUCAGAUGCAGAGCUCAGCAGCGCUGUAUCUAGUAUCGGUGGAGAAAACUUGCCAACGAUAAUUCUGUCUUCUAAAUCUCCCGCCAAAAAUGCAGAAUUUGUUACAUGCCUGUCUUCAGAAGAAACUGCGAGUGCUGUUGUAUCUGUUGAAGUAGGGGAUUCUGGCUCAAUGGAGCAGAACCUUUUAGUACUCAAACCUGAGGAACCAGUAGUAAACAACCCUCAGAAUGAAGAUAGCAUUGCAUUUUCAGCCAGUGUUGCACCAUGUGUUCCUAAGGAUGGAGGAUACAUACAGUUGAUGCCUGCCACAAGCACAGCCUUUGGCAAUUCAAGUAACAUUUUGAUAGCUACCUGUGUGACUGAUCCAACAACCUUGGGACCAACUGUCAGUCAAUCUAAUGUAGUGGUAUUGCCUGGGAAUUCUGCACCUAUGACUGCACAGCCUCCUCCACAGCAAUUACAGACACCACCAAAGUCUAACAGUGUAUUUACUGUCAACCAAGCUGUAUCGCCAAACUUUUCACAAGGAUCUGCCAUCAUAAUUGCUUCUCCGGUCCAGCCUGUACUUCAAGGAAUGGUGGGAAUGAUACCUGUGUCUGUAGUUGGACAGAAUGGAAAUACAUUCUCUACUCCUCCUCAGCAGGUCCUUCAUAUGCCUUUAGCAGCACCUGUUUGUAACAGAAGUAUCACUCAAUUCCCCAUUCCUCAAAAAUCUCAGAAGGCUCAGGGACUCAGAAACAAGCCUGUUACAGGGAAACAGUUAAAUAAUUUGACAGAUUUGUCCAGUCUGUCAGGAGCAUGUCAUACGCAAAGAGCUGAAACUUCUGAUAAGAAUAUAGCCACUGAACUUGGGAAAAAAUUAGAAGAGGUCACAAUUCCCCUCUCAUCAGAGAGGGUAGCUCCUGCCAGCAAGCCAUUUGAAAGUCAUAGGCGUGUGCUGUGUUUCGAUAGCACUGUUUCUUCUGUGACGGAUACACAGGGGCCACAGUAUAAAAUGACCUCCCAAAACAAAGAAAAGAAGGAAACGUCCUUUCCUCAUCUCGACUCCGCCAUUGUGCCCUCCACCUUAAAACUGCCUCCUAAUAAUGCCAUUAAAAGAGAGAGAGAGAAAACUGUGCCCAAGAUUUUAUCUAAAUCAGAAACUGCCUUUAGCCGACACACCACUGUGAAAGAAAUUCAGUCUGAGAAGAAAGUUUUCCCCACAGAAGUGGCCCUUGACUCUUUCCAUAAAACAACAGCUAACAAGGAGAAUGAGUUGUGCAGCGAUGGAGAGAGGCAGAAGAGUCCAGACUCUUCUAAACUGCCUGUUGGGCAACAGAAUGGGAGCUUACGGAAUGAAAAAACUAUAGCUUCCCUACAGGAGUUGACCAAAAAACAAACCACAUCCUCAAACAAUAAAAGUGCUACUUCUAUAGGUGGAGCUAUGAAAGACCUGAAAGAGGAGCAAAGUAAAUCUUCUAAUUCUUUAAUUGGUGCAGAAAUAUUGCAGGAUGUUCCAUUGCACAGCCCAGCAAAUAGGAUUGCUGAUACUGAUUUGCCAGUACCCCGGACUCCUGGCUCAGGAGCUGGGGAAAAGCAUAAAGAAGAACCUGCUGCCGACAAUAUGAAGGCUCCCUCUAGUAGACGCUUUGGUGAAGAUGGCAGCAUGCCCAGAAUAAUGGUACCUCCUGUCACUGCAGACUUGCCGGCCUGUAGCCCAGCCAGUGAGACAGGCAGUGAAAAUAGUGUGAGCAUGGCUGCCCACACCCUUAUGAUUCUCUCUAGAGCAGCAAUUGCUAGAACUACAGCUACUCCUCUGAAAGAUAACACACAGCAAUUUAGAACAUCUUCAAGGAGCACUACAAAAAAGCGGAAAAUUGAGGAACUAGAGGAGCGGGAGCGAAACUCCCGUACUUCUAGUAAAAAUCUUGCAAAUUCAUCAGUACCAAUGAAAAAGAAGAAAAUCAAGAAAAAGAAGCUACCUAGUUCAUUUCCAGCAGGAAUGGAUGUGGACAAAUUUUUGCUAUCGUUGCAUUAUGAUGAGUGAACACCCUGACAAAGAGAACAGUAGCUGUUUAAAACUAGUGUCCUUCAAACUGUGCGUGUAGGAAAUGGGAUAGUGACAGACUCUGCAAACAUGACCUGCACUUUCAUCGUACUGAGAUUUCACUUUAUAUCUAAGUCAUGCUGUUUCUGAAGCAGCUUCCUAGUUUGUAAAUAGACUUUCUUGGUAUAUUUUUAUUUUAGAAAAAAAAAAAUGUGCAAAAAUGUAAGUAAAGCCAAUCUACAAAACUGUACAGCUUUGACACUGUAUAUUGUACAUGUGUAUAUCGUGUAGAAAUAGAGCUUAAAUCAGCCUAAUAUUCCCAUACUGUCUUGACUUCUAUGAUGCCCAAGGCUUCUGGAGUAGUUUCUCAUCUCCUUUGGAGGAAGAUGAUGGUUGUUCCUGUAAAUUACCUACAGCGAAUAUUAAUAAGACACUUAAAUAUACAGUAAAAAAUAAUAAUGAUAACCACCUCAACUGGUUAGUAAAAUAUCUAAUCAGAAAGCAACAGUUUGAUGAUUUAACCCCCAAAGUCAAUAUUUCUAUCGCCUUUCUCAUAAAUUGCAGUAAAAAAUAUAUUUCUGAAAUUCUGUACUUUCUUCUGAUGAUCUGUUCUCUUUGUUUUAAAGAGAUUUUUAUAAACCAUUUAUUAAAUGUUCUGAUACUUCAGUUAUAACUUCUUGAAAUCUUUUACAGAACAUUAAGUGGUUGGACUAUUGAGCCAUAAAAAGUUGAGUUAUGUAGUAGUUGAGAUUUCUUGAUUGUAUAUAAACUUUCCCUAAGCACUGGGGAUACAAAGAAUUGCACUAAUUCAUAGUUUUCACAUACUAGUGACCAAUGCAUAUUUAAUUUAAAUCUUGUAUGUAAAAGCUUAUGUGGAGGAUUGUCUUCUGGUGUCUUUGAAAGUCAUGUCCAUCAUAAGAUGUAAAAAUACAAAUCAUAGUUAUUUUGUAAUUUAGUUUACCCUAAAGUGGGAUAUGUAAAUAACUGUCUGUACUUACCUAUAGAACAUUGUGUUCCUUAAAGUGUUGUAAAUAGUUGCUCUCAAGGUCCUCAAGGGGAGUGAGAGGUGCCUUCUCUGUGUUGGGCAGAUUUAUAUAAAUAGUUAAGUUGAAAAGCUGGCUUAAACUUUAAAGUAAUGACAGAAGUUAUCAUUAAUACUUGACCAAUUGUGCCUAGAUAUUGAAGUGUUUUCGUAAGUCCUUUCUGUUUAAAUAUCAAUAUAUUAGGAUUUUUUCUUCCUACAAGUGUAUAUUUUAUUAAAAAGUCACUUUCUUCAACCAUUUUUUGUACUGGGCCUUUAACAAAUAAAUCCAUCCUACUGUAACAACAACAAAAGUUUUCAAUAUAAAAAUUAUGUCUUUUUAAUUGCUAGAAUUCACUGUACAAAUUUAUAUUGUGAGAAAUUUUUAUAUGACUGAUCUAUUCCUAAGGAACUAAAUAAUCAUACAAUUAAUGUUUACAUAACUCAGCUUGGGUCUAUCCUACAGUUAGGUUUGAAUAAAUAUAUUUUCAUUAA